CGUCACAGGGCAGCGCAUAACGACCCCCUUUCUACAGUACGGCAGGGUUUCGCGGUACUACGUAGCACUAUUCUGUGCGUCACCCCUUUCAUACUCAUCCAAGCUAUGGGUGCAAGGCCAGGGUCAUGCCACAACUGUAGGCGCGGCCGUUUGAAAUGUGACCGAUCCAUUCCGCAGUGCCUGAAAUGCACCAGUAGGGGUCAAAGUUGUCUGGGCUAUGGCGUUCUGUUGCGAUGGGAGAAAGGUAUGGCAAGUCGUGGGAAAAUGGUUGGUGUUACAUCCGACAAUAUUGGCAAGGUCCAGAACGGAGAUACGACCGCCACACUGCAAGCGCCACGGCCUCGUAUCUUGUCUACAAGCCAGCCCUCAUUCACAAGUUCUGAGUCGAAUUCUCCUCGUUCGCUUACAGACCCGCUUGUUCAAGAUAUAGACUGUCGAUCGAGGAGAUAUCUGGAUUAUUUCGCAAGUGACGUUUGCAAGGACCUCGUUCUCUAUGACAUCCCCAAGCAUAAUCCAUUUCGGGAGCUGAUUCCGAUGGCGUACCAGCAGCCCAUGCUAUUGCAGGCCAUCAUCGCUAGCUCGGCUUUGCAUAUGUCAAACGCUUGUCAACGGCCAUCAAGUUCUUUAAGCAUCUUCACGACAAUGGCCUCGACUCAGAGCAGCAAAAGUUUUGUGGACUCUCUAUCGAUUGGCCAUACGACAUCACACCCGGAGGCUUUCCAUGAUGCACUCAGGGCCAAGCAGCAGGCACUUUGUCUGCUGAACUCCGCUGUCGGAAGCAUGGCUUCAGCGAAUGUUGAUGCGAUUCUGGCGGCGGUACUUCUACUCAUUGGAUUCGAGCUCAUUGACUCUGGGCGAGGCAGCUGGAUAUCUCACAUCAACGGUGCGAGAAUGAUCAUUGAGAAAAUGAUAGCAUCUGGCUCCGGGACGGGCACUGUUUUCAGCCCUCUUCGCAGCUGGUUGGUGUCUAAUUGCUUGGUGUAUGAUCUUCUUGGCUCAUCAUUCGCGAAUUCUUAUCUACCGCGCGGCGGUGAGCUAUCGAUGACUACCAUGUCGCUGCUUCAAGAUGCAGAAGGGAACCAUUGCUCAUCAUUUCCGGCAGCUCUCCUUCCUUUGAUACAGGCAGGGGCUCAAAUAUUGAACAUUAACGACGUUUACAUGUUUCCUGAUGCCUCGAUCAAUUCAGGACAGCACGAUGCGCUUCAGCUCUUACACGCUGCCAAGUCAUUCGACCCAGCUGCCUGGGCCACCAAUUUACAGCCACGCUCGCCCGCUGACGAUCUCCUCCAUCGGACUAUGAUUGCAUGUGCACACCGGACAGCUGUAUGUGUCUAUCUCUCACGCAUUAUUCUUGCUCUAUGGCCCAGUACGGUAUUGCCAGAUGAUCUACAGGUUCUAGCAGCCGAAAUCAUCACCCACCUUUCACAUUUGCACCCUGGAGAUGCAUUAUUCACAGCAACAGCGUGGCCCGCCUUCAUCGCUGGUCUGGAAACUCGUGACCUCGCGAAUCGUGCCUGGGUAGAGACAAGAUUCCAAGAGCUCUGGAAAAUCGAGCCUUGGGGGUUUACCAGAGACGCUCUCGGAGCAUUGCGGACAAUAUGGGGUGGGAGGAAGAAUGAGGUUCUCUUAACGAGCAGCGAUGACGAAUUCUACGAACGGGAAGAGAAUUGGAAUUGGAUCGAGACGCUAAGGAAUUUAGGCACUGACUGGUUGAUUGCAUGAUUGGAAGGCCAUCCCAGAUGAUCUGCUAUGCUGGCUAAAGGCCUUGUUAGACUAUACGGGCCACUGUUUAACGACUCGUGAGCCGAGCUCGACAUGUGGCGUCAUGUAUCUCUCACGGUAUCGCCCCCGCCGUCUUGGUUUCUUCGCUGCUCAGCAAUUGCCUCUUCCAUGAGCUCAGCCCUCUCAUCCGCGGUCAAAUCACUACUGGCCUUAGGUACCUUACCCCAGAUUGCCAGAAUCAACAAGCUCACGGUUGCAGCACCCACUCCAAACCAAAACGUGUUCUUAUAGCUCCUCGCCAAUCCUGCCUCAUCUACCGUUGCUGAUUGGAUGAUGUCUGUCAAAGCAAGGACAAAGGCUACACCUAGCUGCAGCACAGAAUUAAUGACACUGCCAGCCAGUCCCUGUUGCGCUGUAGGAAAAGUCGUCGUCACGAAAACGGUCAUCAAGAUCGUGGAUAGAUCAAUUCCUAUGGUGCUGAAGAUGACCGCAGGAAAGACCCAUGCCCAAUAACUUCCCCCGGGUGGAAUCAGAGCUAUGAGAAGCUGUGACCCUACUGCUCCCAGGCCGGAGAUGAUCAAAAGCACACGUCCUGGAACCAGGUGCAAGAUAAAGCCCUCUAUGAUGCUGAAAAUGAGGCCUGCAACACCGAGAGGCACAUACCAUGCUACCACCUGCAACGGACUGGCAGACAUGAUGUUCUGGAAGUAGAGCGUGCCAUAUACAGAAAAGAUGCCCCAGGUGCCAUAGAGCAGAAAGAGGGCCAAAAGGAGAGGGCUCAUGCAAGGAGUAGUGAAGAUCGAAGCCGGCAGGAGAGGAUGAACAGCGACGCGCGUUUCGAUGUUGACUGCGGCAAGGAGUGACAAGACACCAAGUGCGAAACAGACUGGAAUAUAUGGCGUUUUCCAACCCGCAGGGGCAUGUGCUGAUUGCAAGAUGGAAAACACGACUAGGGUGAGGCCAGAGACGAUUGUGAUGGCGCCAGGGUAGUCCAUUCCGACUUUGCUUGGGGGCUGGUCCUUUGAAUGAGGACGCGGAAUGGACAAGACUGAAGUUAACAGCGUAAUUGCCGUCAGGAUAGCGCCGAUCCAGAAAUAAAAACCCCAGCGGGUGAAUUGACCUACGAUGCCUGCCAUGAGAAUGCCACCGAAAAAGCCAAAUACCGCUGAAGUGCCAUAUACUGCAAAGACGAGGUUCUUUCGUGGCCCAGGACGAUACAAGGAACCCAUAAGCAUGACUCCAGUAGGCAAGAAAGCGGCAGCUCCUAGCCCUUGCAGAGCUCGGCACAAGUCGAGCAUCAGCGGAUUGAUGCUGAACCCGGCUAUUAUACUCCAGACAAGAAGCCAGGCAAGACCCCACAUGAAGAUGGGAUAUCCUCCCCACAUGUCGCCCAGACGGCCAAAGACGAGCAAGGUGCUGGCGAUGACGAGUGAGAAAGCGGUCGCUGGCCAUACACUGGCUGCUUGUGGGAUAUCGAGCUCUCUGAUGAGUGUUGGGAGGAUGACAGUGAAUCCCGAGACGAAGUAUUCUGUCAGGAAUUGAGACAUGGAGAUGCUGAAGACGAAGAUUAUCUCGCUCCAGCGGGUUGUAAAGAUCGGAGGGCGUUCGCGGCCGAGACGUUCUAUACGUGCUUGGAGGGACUCGUCAACUACGGACGACGAUGCGGCAGUGUCAUGGAGAUCCGGCGCAGGGUUGUUGUUUGGUGGAGGAUCAACACCUUGAGUUAGAGCCCGGGGGCUGCACCCUCUCGACGGGAUAGUCGGCAUUGCGGAGGGAUUGCUGGGAGCCCGAUGAAGCGGCGAUGGAGGUGUCGAUGAUUGUGUCAUUGUCUGUCAAAUAUCGGCCCCUGGAUAUGCAGAGAUGUGUAUGAGCAGUGGCAGGGCUAUGAAUAAGAUGAGGGCAACAGAUCUUAAACGAUUUCCUUUUGGCAUAAUUAUCACACAUUUGUAAUCAUAACGUAUGAAGAUGUAAUUUUGCGGACCACGGAGAUUUGAUAAUAGCCUGAGUCCACCGCUUACAGCUCCC